AUGGUGAUUUGGGCCACAGCGCUUUGGCGCGCCACAGCAGCUGUUUGGCUCGAGCCGCGGCAAAUUGAUUCAGAUCUCACUCUCCAAAGGCUUCACAUUUCCGAUUCAGCAGGCAUCAACAAACCACAGCAGUGCUUAACGCCAGAAAAAAAGAUGCCUCGUGGAGGGCAUAUGGGAAUAUGGCGCCCGCUGCCGAAGGACAUUUUCAAGUCUAGGUGGAAGCGCUUCUUCAAACGAUGCUACCGGCCACGGACUGGGGGCAAUGCGCUGGAUCGAGCACCACCCCACAUCCAGGCAGACCACAUGGAUGGCGUGCCGUCACCAUGGAAGCUGCAUAUGCGGGAAGCGGAAAAGGGGACCUACUUUCGAGACGAAAGAAUUGCCGGGAUCCACUACAGAAAUAAUCAGGAACGGUACCUUAGGCCAGCGAUACACUGCACCGAAGGUAUCGCGUCAGAUGUAAUCCUUCGCAGUCUGGAUCCCGGGCGUCACAACUACAUGUCUUUGACCGGUUUUGGCAAGCUGGAGGCCGCCUGGAUGCACAUCGACGGGACCAAGGAGGAUGGGACCCAACCUGCCACUCCGUGGGAAGAUUCUGUGCCUGAGCACAUUCUCAACGAGAUGAAGCCAUUGAUGGGCAGAAAAGAAACUUGGGAAGUCAUCAAAACUCGUCCAAACUUCUUUGUGGUCAGAAAACUGAGGCAGCUCUGCGAGGAGCAGGAGAUCGUCUUCAAGGACGGUAUCGCUGGUCUCAGAGAUCCCAGGCAGAGAGCUGGAGCGGAAGGUCCCGAUCGAGGAAACUUUCCAUAUGUGGAUGAACAGGCCAGUCUUCUGGAUGAAUUGACCCUUGAUGAGAUUCUCAGGAUCAGACACAAGACCAAUAGCCGGCGACAUCCAAAAUGGAAAGAGGUCCAGUAUUGGUUCAAAAGAUGGCACGGGAUAUAUCUCCGAAAGAGGGCCAUCAAGAGGGCAGAACUUAAAGAAGCUCAGGGAAUCGCUAAGAAGGCCUUGGGCGCAGCUUGA